CAGAUUCAGUUUUGUCUCUGUGUUGGUGUUCACUGUUCGUGUUCAAGUGUUCAGUAUUCACUUACUAGUUACUACUGUUACGGUUGUUGUUUACUUUCAAGAGUAGCACCUUACAAAAUUAUUGUACGUGCUAAAAAUCUAACCUCAAUCUCAGCUUUCAGGUGUGUGUCAGAUCGUGCCGUAUGAUGAUGUGCUGAAAACUGAACGUGCUUCAUAUGUGAAGGACAGAUAGCACAUAUAUGUCGCUGUAGUAUCGUGUCGACCGGUUUUAUGAGGACUAUAUAUCGAAAACUUGUGAUAAUGCCAAAAUGGAGGAAUAUAUUUGUGACGGGCGGCGCGGGCUACAUAGGCAGUCACUGCAUCGUGGAGCUGCAGAACGCCGGCUACAACGUGAUCGCCAUCGACAACUUUGCCAACAGCGUGAGCAGCGGUGCAACAGGUGAGGAUGGCGGGGAUGAGCAGGCGCCCAGUCUGCGGCGAGUGCAACAGAUCACCGGCAAGUCGGUCUCCUUCUACAAGGCCGAUCUCCUUGACAAGGACAAACUCAUUUACAUUUUCGAAAAGCAUCAAAUAGACUGUGUAAUACACUUUGCUGCAAUGAAAGCUGUGGGAGAAUCAAUGCAAAUUCCACUAUUCUAUUACAAGAAUAACAUCAUUGGAGCUAUAAAUCUUUUAGAGGUUAUGAAACAAUUCAACUGCUACCAGCUGGUAUUUUCCAGUUCAUGCACAGUGUAUGGUAACCCACAAUUGCUUCCAAUCACCGAAACGCAUCCUACCGGUAAUGUUACCAACGUCUACGGCAGGACCAAGUUGUUCAUUGAACAGAUGCUAAGAGAUCUUGUACAUGCUGAGAAGAACUGGAACAUAAUAUCUCUGCGAUACUUCAACCCAGUUGGCGCUCACCCGUCCGGCCUGAUAGGAGAGGAUCCGACCAAAGCGUUCACCAACCUCAUGCCCUAUAUAGCCCAGGUAGCAAUCGGAAAUAAGCCUCAUCUAACUAUUUUCGGUGGCGAUUAUAAUACAGUUGACGGGACCGGAGUACGAGAUUACAUCCAUGUAAUGGAUCUAGCAUCAGGACAUGUAGCAGCUUUAGAAAAACUUCAAAAGACACAUCUUAAACUUCAGGCUUACAAUUUGGGAACUGGUAGAGGUGUAUCUGUGUUGGAAUUGGUGAAAACCUUUGAAUCAGUCACAAAAACAAAGGUGCCUUACAACGUUGAAGACCGAAGGGAAGGCGAUAUCGUUUCAAUGUAUGCCAAUACUGAAUUGGCCGAGAAGGAAUUGGAAUGGAAGGCUAAAUUUACGAUUGAACAAAUGUGUGAAGAUUUCUGGAGAUGGCAAACAAUGAACCCUAAUGGCUACAGACCGCUUGUUUCACCUACAAAAAUAACAAAUGGAAUCCAAACGUCUGCCAUCAAAACAAACGGUGUCAAUGGACAUUAAAUUUUAAACAUGUCAAGGAGUCAAUAACAUCUACUCUUUCAACUAAUAAGAGUAUAUGAAUGAUUUUGUUAAAAUUCAAAAAUUUAAGGUAAUUUACAUUAACUGAAUCGUAUGAGAUCGUAAUGGUAUUUUUCUUUUCCCCUAUGAUCAAAAUGGAUUUAAUUAUCUGUUUGUUGGUAAAUUGUUGGUGGUUGAGAUCGUUCGUUAUUAUUCUCAAACUCUAUCAAAUAUCACUUCUAUUUAUAACUUUCAAACUAUUGAGAUUUUUCUUAAGAUUAAUUUCAGGUUUAGGUAAAAGAAUCAUGAUAUUUAUUAACUUUCCAUUGAAUUUAUUACAUUUAAAUGUUUUGUUUCUUGUUGAAGGAUAUAUAUCAUUAUUCGUGUGCCUUCUCUCUUGGAUAAAUGAUUUAAAAAAUCAA